ACAUUAUCUAAUAAAAUAAAAGGCUGCAAUGUAUUAUUAAAUACAAAGGGAAACAACAUUAUUAACAGAAAGGUACAUCGGAAUAAAACGUUCAUAAUUAUCAUUAGUAAGUAGCGUACGAGUAUUCGUUAAACAAAUCUUGCUAUCAAAGGGAGAGCUAUAAUUAUCUCCGACUAUGAGCAAGCAAUUGAUAUCGAACUAGCUAAUCAGUCAAUAAUGUGCCGGCACACAAUACAACACUCGAAAGAGUAGUGAUAGAUAAUAAGCAGUUCAUAACAUACCUCAACACGAUGGCAGAAGAAAAGAAUAAAUCUACAGAAAAAUUAGAAGAUGAUCCAUUACGUGAUCCAAAAAAUGAACAGUUAAAAGAUAAAACAUUCCAAGAAAAGCUUGCAUAUAUCAAAGACAACAUAACUGUUGAACCUAUGCUAGCAGGACUUAUUAUACCAAGCGUGAUCUCAAGGUUUGCAAUGGGAAAUUUUAAUUUAGACAAAGCUUGCAGAGUCAAUAAAGGGUUCGGUGACGAAAUCUGUGACGCUCUAGUACAGAAAACUAGCAAUAACUACACAUUUUACGAACAAGAGGUUCAGAAACUGAUCUCGUCUAUCGAUAUUUGGAGAGGACUGGUGCAAACAGCGAUUCCGUGUAUGAUCAUAAUAUUUUUAGGAGCGUGGAGUGACAGAACAGGAAAACGGAAAAUAUGUAUAUUGCUCCCCAUUCUUGGAGAAAUACUAACGUCUAUCAGCAACCUGAUCAAUGUAUACUUCUUCUACGAAAUCCCAGUUGAAAUAACUGUGUUGAUGGAAACUAUAUUCCCUGCAUUUACCGGUGGUUGGGUGACAAUGUUUCUUGGCGUAUUCAGUUAUAUCAGUGAUAUCACUUCAGUGGAAACUAGGACUUUUCGAGUCGGCCUUGUUAACUUCUGUAUGACAGCUGGUCUUCCUCUUGGGAUCGGUAUAAGUGGAUAUCUGUUGAAGAACAUGGGAUACUACGGUAUUUUCAGUGUGACUUUGGUGGCGUUCAUUGUAAUUCUUGCAUACGGAUGUUUUUGCUUAAAAGAGCCCGAACAGUGGUUACGAGACAAAGGCCUUCCUGUGAUUGAAAGAGAAAAGCAAGCAAACGUGUCCUUCUUUGAUGUAACGCAUGUAUCAGACACAGUGGUUGUGGCAUAUCGGCAACGAGAAGGCAACGGAAGAACGAAAGUGCUACUCACUCUGUUCUGCGUAUUCGUUCUUUACGGACCUAGCAUGUCGGAACACUCAGUAUUUUACCUGUACUUGAGAAACCAACUCAACUGGGACAUGGUGAAAUACGGGGUCUUCACCAGCUACUCCAUCGUAUUACAUUCUAUUGGUGCAAUGUUCACAAUAACAGUGCUCAGCAAGAAGCUUCAGGUCGAAGACUCGUUGCUGUGCACCAUCUCAAUCAUGAGCAAGUUCGUCGGCUCCAUCUGGAUUGCUUUCGUUACUACUGAUAUCGAGAUGUAUCUGGUUCCUGUUGUCGAGUUUUUCAACGCGAGUACCUUCACAUCGCUGCGGUCCAUUAUUUCAAAAUUGGUGGAAAAAGAUGAGACAGCUAAAGUAAACUCGCUGUUCUCCCUGACGGAGACAGUAGCCGCGCUGGUGUUCCAGCCGCUCUACACGUGGAUCUACAUGCGGACCCUGAACGUGUUCCCAGGAACAGUCUUCAUCAUGAGUGCGGCGUUCAUCAUACCCGCCGUUAUCGUGCUGCUGAUGUUCUAUGUCAAGAUAAAACUGGAAUCUAAAAGUGCAAGAAAAGUCGCAUUCGAAGCACAAGAGAAAAGAGAUGCUGAAGAGAAAAAAAUAGAGCCGCUGAGCUUUUUGAGGCCGAAUAUAGAACCAAUUGAAAAUGCAGAAGUUAUAAAGUAACCACUUUGGGUUUCACUCACA